CCGAGGCCGGGCUGCUGCUGGAGAGAGACCCGGAGUCACCAGUUCGUCUCAGUGGCCGCUGAAGAGGGGCGGAGGGGCUGCCCCCACUACUUCGAACCAUAUCUCGUUUUAGUUUCCAACCCUGCAUCUCAACUCGUCGCCGCCCCGAUGUCGGACUUCAAGCUGGGGAUCGUUCGGCUCGGCCGUGUGGCCGGGAAGACGAAAUACACGCUGAUCGAUGAACAGGACAUACCUUUGGUGGAGAACUACGCCUUCGAGGCUCGUAUGGAAGUGGAUGCUGAUGGGAACGGAGCAAAAAUCUUUGCCUACGCUUUCGACAUCGGCAAAGGUCGCUGGGCUGGACGGCCGCUGCAUGAGCUGCUCUGGGAGAAGCACAGAGGAGGCAUCGCCCCCAGUUUCCAAGUCAUCCAUAUUAACUCUGUGACUGUCGACAACCGACUAGACAACCUCCGACUAGUGCCAGUGGGCUGGAGUCCCAAACCAGAGGAGAUAUCCAGCAAGCAGAGAGAGCAGUCUCUGUACUGGCUGGCCAUCCAGCAGGUACCAGCAGACCCAGUCGAGGAGCAGUACCUGGAGCUGAGCCGCACACGCUACUACAACGCAAACGGGGAGUUGGUGGAGGAAGAGGAGUGCUCCUGCACCUACUACGAGUGUCACUAUCCCCCGUGUUCACUCAUCGAGAGGCGGCUGCGUGAGUUCAACAUCUGCGGCCGCUGCCAGGUCGCUCGCUACUGUGGCUCUCAGUGCCAGCAGAGAGACUGGCCCGCCCACAAAAAGCAAUGUCGAGAGCGCAAGCGGGUUCUGGCGCUGGAGUCGGAGCCCGAGCGAUGAUGGACCCCGACUGGACGGGCGGGGUCGCCAACGGAGCGCGGGUAAAGAGCGACGAUCGACGGGACUCUUGACAGAGGACAAUGUUGGCGGCUGAAUGAAAACGGAGAGCGAAAGACACUUCCAGAUCCAGGGAUUCUCUAAAAGCUCACGUGUUGUGUGGAUGACUGGGAUUAUUGUGUUCUUUUUGUUGUUUUCGAGCUGCUGGAGCUCCACCUGCUGCUAUGAGAGAUAAAAAAAAAAGUUGUCUUGAAUUGGACAAGCUGCUUUUGGACCAUAAACAUUUGUCCACGUUUGUCUCUCCACCCUGCUGCUGCUGCUGGGUGUGGUGUCAUCAGGGGGGGCGCUGUUGUUCAGCUGGUACAAUGGGACAUGGACCUUUUCACUGUAUUGCUCCCCCUCUGACCUCUGGUGCACAUCGCUGCAGCGCCCCUGCUGUGUUUCCUCACCUACUGACCUGGCUCUCCGCUUGACCUGCAGCCCCACACGCACACACAAGUCACACUACCAGUAUUGUGUUGAUCCUCCUCCCUUGUUUGUUCUGCCAAAAUAUACUGAAGGACAUUGAAAAGCUCAGACUUCUUUCAGGGGCCAUGAUCACUUUUACAUGAAUUAUUGAAUCAGAUACGAUUCAUUUCUAUAAUAAAGUAGCCGGUGAAUAUGACUUUGUUCUCCGCACGUUUGUAAAGUCUUCACUUGUUGACAAGGUACUGAUGUGAUGUACACAUUUGCUUCCUUCUGGUCAUUCAACCAUGAACAGAAAACUUUUCAUUGACUUCCCUCUAACAGAUAAGACGGUCAACAGUUUCCGGUGCGCACUUUAGGAACUACUACUGUCAGCGAUUAACUUGGAUCCUGUUGCUCCCUUCAAAUUGACGGUAAACUCAGUCAUUAGGAAAAUGUCUAGAAAGAAAAAUGUCUAGAAUAGAUUGCUUCAAACUGAUACUGAAAUUCCUGUUCUGAACUACAGUCAGCAUUGUUUGGGUUUCCAGUUGACCUUCACAUUAAACUCGAACCCAGAUGAAGGAGCCAAGCUCAAGAUCAUCUUCUUGGAAAGCAGCUUGACGUCCAAUCAAAUCUCUUCUCUAGUAUCUCAAUGUAUUCUUGUACUUCUGAACUUCAGAUGUACUCUAGAAGAACAGCCAAAAUCACUUCAGCAGAGAGAUGAGAAACAUUUUCGGCGUUUGAAUGGUCCUUCACAGGCUUAAACAAAUCCCAGCGCACCUUGAACUGCGCUUUAGCAACCAUUAGUUUUUCACUGGGGACGUCGAUUAUCUGUCAUUUGCGGGAUUAAAUCAGAGUUCAAAGUGAUGUUCCAGACUAAUCCAGGUUUAAGAAUAAAUGUUUAUUUCAUAAUUUACUUUCUUCCUGUUGCUACUCCGACUACAAGGUUUACCAUGAAUGAUGCGUCACGAAAAUAAAUGAUCCAGUUCCAAACGUGAUCUGUAAUGUAUUGAAUAUCAUUUUGCAUCUUUGUCGUCUUGCUGAUGGUCAAGAAUAAGUUCUUGCUGAGUUCACCUGCACUUUGAAGACGGAGGCGGUCACUUAUACUCAAAUGACUCCAAACAUGUUGGUGGAAAUCGGACACAGGGGCAAUUCUUGUGCAAUGAUGAAAAGGAAGUCCUCAAAUCUGUCACUGAAUGUUUGAAUGAUACAGACUGUUAAAUCUUCUGCCUCCUUUCAAACUUCCCUGUCGCCUCCACAACCAUCAUGAGUGUUUGCAAGUUGCAGGGCGGUGUUCCGUGUUGCUGAGGGGUUUGCUCUGUUAUUUUUUGAAGAAAUUCUAUGAAUGGAAUUCUAUUUAUUUAAAACAAACCUUGAGUGUGAAAAAAUAGUUUUGUCCUCAGGCUGAGAUGCCAGACCUUUGUUGUCAGGACUGAGACUGAACGUUUUAUCGUGUUUACCCUCCAAAAAAAAAGCAACCGCCGUCACCAACACACAAAAAAAUCUUCCACAUUUUGAAACUUGAAUUCCGGUUUACUGUCGUGCGUCCUUGUCUUCUGCUUCUCAGAGUCCUCCAGGUGUGUUGCGGUACACAGACGCACGUGCAAUUGUUCGGUUUUUGUAUGCAAGUUUUUAACACUGCACUGGUCACAGAUCGAAGUUUGCUUUUGUAAAGAUGAUGAACCAUGAAUGACCCAGAAAUCAAGAGCUACAAUAUGUGAAUAGAAGUCCAGUUGGAGAGAACUGACUGUCGUCUUUUUUUUUUUCCAAUGUAAAAUGCAAAUAAAUAAAAAUGA